UAGGACGGAUUUUCUAAUAAAUACCGAUUAUAUUAAAGUCCAUCAGAAAAUUAUUCAGGAAGCUAAUAAUACUGUCAACAAACAACAAACAUUGACAAAUUAUGGUGCUACUCUUCCAGAAAUUCCAAAUCAAAAUUCAUCUUGUAACUCGGUUGUUUGUAAUACAUCUGAUGGAAGUCAAUAUUAUGAUGAAGUUGGAAGUUUGUUCAAUCAACAACUGAGUUUAUCAAAAGGCUUAAAAUCACCAUUUGAUAUUCAAUAUAAAACUGAUUAUUUUCCUCGUGGAGGUAAGAAUGCGAAUAAACCACAACCACCUCAUUAUAUUCAUGAUGUUGAUGGCAGUAAAAGUAUUAUUAUCAAAUUUCCACGUGGUUUUAAAACUCCCGAAAAGCUUGAUAAUUAUUAUCUUGAAGUGGCACUUUUAACAGUACCUCGAGUUGGACAACAUUAUAUACACGUGAACAAAUUUCAACUUGAUAAUAUAGAUAUUACAGUUUUGGAUGAGAAUCCAAUUUUUAUUCGUUUAACUGAAGAACAUUUUAAAAAAGGAGAAAUUGAGUAA